UGUUGUUGGAUUCCCGAGCGCUCUUGACAAUUUCUUGUAUUUUCGCUGCGGUAUCUCAGUUCGAGUUUUUACGUGAUAUAAAACAGUACCUGGUCUUCAAAAAACGAGCCAUUAUGGGCACCACGACAAAGUUUGUGAACGAGUUCUGUGAUAUUAUCGAUUCCUAUGGCGGGCGAGAUAAGGUGAUGAAGGCAUUGUGCUACAGUGCCAAACUGGUGGCUGGCUACCAUGCCAAGCGGAAUCCGGAACUAGCCAAGCGAUACGCCACCGCCAGCUCAAGGAUCUCAGGUGCGAGAGCCACACUGCGUCUCAUCGACGACAUACCCAUGAUCCAAUAUGCUUUGGAGUAUGGCUUGGGCGAGAAUGAGCCCGAUCGCGUCAUGCAAGUGCUGGGAGUGACGGCCAACAUUGUGGAUUUGCUCUACUAUCCCAUCGAGAAGGUGUGCUGGCUGGCCGAGCACAAGAUUGUGGAUGUCAAGAAUGCGGAUAACUGGGACAAUGUCAACUCCAUAUUCUGGGUGCUUUCGGUGUACCUGAACCUCAUGAGGACAAUGCGGAAUUUUUCACUGAAUCAGGAAAAGCUGAACCGAACGAAUAAUAUAAACGAAUUGGAUGUGAAAACGUUGACCAAGCACCGCCUGGAGAUGGUGUCCAUCGUUCGGAUCUCACUCGACUUUGUGCACGCCGUCAGCACGCUGCCGAAAGGAUAUUUGUGGGGCGGCAAGCUGUCCACCCUGCAGGUGGGUGCUAUUGGCACCUUAUCCGCUGGCCUGGGCAUCUACCAGAUCUUUGCCAAGAGAAGACUGAACAAGUAGUCGGUCCGCCGUUGUAUUUGCAAUCCGUGUACUCGUAUUUGUUGAACAGAAUUUUAAGCUAGUCGGUAAUCGUUUUUGUACGUUGAGUUUUUUGUACGGCACUCGAAAGUGUGUUUAGCCAGUAUGUCCUUUAAAGUAGCACAAAAUACACGCUGAAUAAUUGUAAAAAACAUG